CCAUCUUGUUUUUGAAUUCCGGCCCUGGUCCCGGUCUCCCCUUUUCCCCAAACAGAAAACAAUUUGACCUCAGUCUGACACCACCUCUGCACAUCCGUACCUUACCUUAGCUGCUUGUCACCUUCUAUGUACCUGGACCUUGCCUACAAACGCAUAUCUUUCCGAGUUCUUGCUUCGCACAAUAUACCUUUUGUACCUGCUACUACCUAGCUACCUACAGCAACCACCUUACCUGUUAAGAUUGCCAGUCUUGUUUGUACCUCACCUACCUAGCAACCGAACCUCUCGCUUGUGUACGCGUGUACCUCCCUCCCUCUCCGUCUUACACCUACCUACCUGCCCUUCCUGCAACGCACCGCGAGAACGAACUGAACGAAGUGCAUCGAAACCGAAAACUGCAACAGAACUAAUCCUGCUCAACGUCAACGCCGCUAUCUCACUCCAUUCAUUCGGCCAUUAAUCACCAAUUACCACACCUCAGCUGUCUAGGCCAGACGAUCAAGACCAAGUGAGCAACUGCCUGAAGCCCUUUGCGACCUAGCUUGGCUUUCAAAGGUGGCCUGGUGUGGCCCCGGCCUGGACAACCGAACCGACAUUCGACCGCCCUCCCCGUCAUCCCAUUCAUCCCAUUCGUGUCUCUCCCCGCUCACUACCCAAAAAAAAAGGGAUCGUUGAUUACAUUCGCUGACGCUUCCACCACGACCCGAAUUUCGCCCAGACUCUUGGUAAUUCCUCACGUUCUUACAACCAUCUCCCCCCAACAUCCUGUCACGUCCAGUCGCCAGUCAGCAUCCAUACCCAGACGAAGACGAAAGCCUGCGCCUUCAAUCCGGAAUACCUCGCUCGAUCUUUCUACCACCACUUCACGGUUGCGCCCUUCCUUUUCGCCACGGCCUUCCAUCAUCCCCCGAGCGCGUUCCACGAUAAUCGUUUAGCGACACCCACCACCCGUCCGCAGCCCGCCGUCGUCGUCUUCCGUUACGCAUCUCCGACCACGCUUGGUGCCUUUCGGUCCGUCGCGAAGCCGGACUGAUUCUCUCCAUCAUAGGCCAUCAUUGACACAACAAUAGGAUUAAUGGGCUGGCCGUUUUACCCCAACUGAACGCAACCGAUACCCCAGGGCCCGCCCUCCAUGCAUGCAGUCCCCGAUGGAUCGCGACGGACGCAGAUUCCCAUAGCCAUGCCCUUUCUGCGACGCCGCGGUAACGCGGGCAGCGAGUCUGACAUGCGGCGACACACCAUCCUUGACAGUCUUCCCGUACCGCCUGCCAAUGGAACACAUUCGCGACCCGGCUCCGCCACCGACCUUCCGGUUCUCGUAACGACGCCAGAGGACGGAGAGGUCCCCAUAUCGAGCGUUUCCCCCUCGCCCGUGACCCCGGUGACCCCGGCGACGCCAGUGAUGCCCACUGUUGAUCUGGAACCGACAAUGUCAAGUACUGCUCCCCAGCCUACGGGCGACCCUGUCGACCACUCCCUGUCCCCCUCCGUCCCCGCAGAGACCCCGAAAUCCAAGCGCUUUUCCAUGUUGAGGUUUCGUAAUGCAUCCGACUCUCAGCUAGCGGCAAAGGCAAAGCUCCAAGCUGCCUCAGAGAAGCCGCCCCCUCUUCCGCGUCCUCCCGAGAUCAUCACCACCGCGCCCACCCUCGAACCCGUAGUACCGAAACGACGACCCUCGAGGAUGGGAUUCUCCAGCCGGUUUGGUCGCAAAUCCGGUGAACACCCCAUGAUGGAACAGGUGGAUGAAACGAACGAAGAUAGGACCUAUCAGCGUCGAAAGAAUGUGCGAACAGCUGGUGGGGACCAGGGAGGGAAGCAAAUCACUUUCGACGACCCGAGACGGCCAGUGUCCUCGCAUCACGCGCCUCCCGCAUACGGCGAUGAAAGUACGACGACGUUGGCACUUCCCAUCAAUCGAUUAUCCGAAUCAUCAAGGUCAGAUGCCAGCUCGGGCGAUAGGGUAUAUGGAACCACGACGACGACCACCCAUACAGUUCACACCACAACAACCUUCUUUAGGCUUCCGCGCAGGAAACCGAAGCAGCCCGAAUCUUUGUUCCCUAUUGCACACCUCCAAAAGAAGAACUUAGCUGAGGACUCUGAUAUGUCGACCUCAUCUCACGUUGCUGAAGGUUCAAACGCGCUGGCAAGGUCACGGUCUACCACCCACUUGACACCAACUCCAUCUCGGCCGUCAACUCAGCAUGGUGCUACAACGCCCCCAACAGGUUCUUCGACUCUGUUUUCCAAAUCGAGCUCACCAGCAACUGCUCUGUUUCGACCAAGCUCACGGAAUUCCGGUCGCGCGUCACCUACACGGGCACAGCUGCAUAGGCGAGGUAGGUCCUCGACCCUGAGCUCCCUAGGUAAAGUCUCGCCAAGAGAAUCCGCGGAGGAUUACCUUGCUCCUCCGGCAACCGCCAGGGCGUCCAUGUCAACAGGCAGGAAGAGCUUCGGGGAUCUUCUCGGCCUCGGUCGAUUACGUCAGAACUCUAGCUCUACGCUGACCCAACAAGGAGCCAUGACUCCCAUAACGCCUGGGUCGGGCAAUUCAAAGAACAACUCGAUACAACUUCCAAGGGACUCGAUUAUUCUACCAGAACGUCGUGAAGAUGAUACACCGGGAAAAUAUCUCGAGCGAUUGUUGGAGGUUGUCAGUCGGAGCGUAAUCGCUGCAAUUGUCUCCAAGGGUACAGAUCAGUUUUCGCAGGCUGUUCUCCGAAGCUACAUGCGCAGCUUCAGGUUCUUUGAAGAUCCGAUGGACAUGGCUAUCCGUAAGCUUCUCAUGGAGGCGGAACUGCCCAAGGAGACUCAACAAAUCGACCGCACCCUACAAGCGUUUGCCAACCGCUAUCAUGAGUGCAACCCUGGCAUCUACGCGACUGCGGACCAAGCAUACUUCAUUGCUUUCUCAUUGCUGAUCCUGCAUACCGAUGUGUUCAACAAGAAUAAUAAGCACAAGAUGCAGAAGGCAGACUACCUCAAGAACACGCGCGGAGAAGGCGUGUUUGAUGAGAUCCUGGAGGUGUUCUACGACAAUAUCACUUAUACGCCGUUCAUUCAUGUCGAGGAUGAUCUGGAUAUCAAUGGGGAGCGUAUCAUUGCUCACAAGGCGAAAAAGAAGUCGAUCUUCCCCCAUACCGCUCCCGAUCCAGCAAAACGUGUCGCCAAGGAACCGAUAGAUCCUUACACUCUGAUCAUCGACAAUAAGCUGGACAUCCUAAGGCCCACGCUGAGGGAUGUGAUGCAUCUGGAGGACCCAUACAGCUAUCUAGGGACGGCCAGGACGCUCAACAUGAAAGAACUCCACAAAACCUUCUUCAAGACUGGCGUACUGCAGAUAGUGUCAGCACGAUCACGGCCAGACGCAUUCAUGUCUGAUCAGACAGCCAACAACCCGCAAGACGCACAUCCAGGCAUCGUUGACAUCAAGAUCACCAAGGUGGGUAUCCUCUGGCGAAAGGACACCAAGAAGAAGAAGACAAGAUCCCCGUGGCAGGAGUGGGGUGCCAUCCUUACUGGAGCUCAACUCUACUUCUUCCGCAACACCACUUGGAUCAAGCAUCUUAUGCACCAGUUCGAGGACCACGUCAAAAGGGGUCACGACGGUGAUCCAUGCAUUUUCAAACCGCCUCUGGAAGAGUUCAAGCCCGAUGCGUUAAUGUCAACAGAUGGUGCCGUGGCACUUAUGGACUCUAGCUAUAAAAAGCACAAGCACGCCUUUGUUUAUGUAAGGCACGGCGGGUUCGAGGAGGUUCUCCUUGCCGAGGAUGAAAACGAGAUGAAUGACUGGCUGGCCAAGCUCAACUACGCUGCUGCCUUCAGAACAUCCGGAGUGCGGAUGCGGGGCGUGGUGGGGGCUAAUCUCGACGGGCAAGGGCGCAGAGCCAUCAGGAGGCUCGACACGGGCUCUCAGCGUAUACAAACACCAACAGGAGAAGUUUCGGUAUCACGAAGCAAGAUUGACCACAAGAUGGCGCAAGACAUACUGGCCGCUCGGAGGGCGAUAAUGCUACAGAAGAUUGCCGAUGCCAACGAGAAGCUCUUGCAGACAGAGAAGACACUGGAAAUGCAGCUUCGGAACUCGAGGCACCUCCAAAUUCUGGCACCGAUUCAACCCAAGACGCGUGAGCAAAUGUUGCUAUCCGCAGCGCGAAUGGCAGCACAGCUGAAGUGGACUCGAAUGGAGAUUUGGAAGCUCAAAUGUCACCGAGACAUUUUGUUGAUGGACCUCGAGGAGGAGCGCGAGAUGUUGGGCAUGCAAGCUGAGACUGCUAUCGGCGCUUUGACACCCAGCAAGGAGCCUCUCACUAGAGAGGAUACAAGAACCAGUCGCAACUCGGGUUAUCCGCAGAGUCCUCAGUCUCCUGUCCAGUCCUUGAUGGGCAAGGUACCUACCAUUGUCAAGAAGCCAGACGAAGACUCUCCGCAAGCUGACGCCAUCCAAACACCGCCAACUAGUGCGACUGGCCCAGCAUCCCAGCAAAAGGAGGUAGAGAAUACUGACCCCCGCAAGAAGUCGGUGUCUAGUGCUGUAUCUUCCAGCCGCUCCUUGGCAGCAACCCCAUCAAGAGGCUUGACAAGCUCGGGCUCAACUUCGGAAAGCAAAUUUGAUCAGGACGAGAUCGAUGCCGAAGAGCAUGACCUCUUGGCGCAAGCCGGCUUGCUCGAGUCUGCUCGUCGUGGCUCAGAACAGAGGCCCCCGAGUUUGGCUACAGAUACGGAUGGUAAUGCUCAGUCAGAGAAGGAGAAGCACAAAAUCCGCCGCAGCUUUCAACGCACUCUCCGCGAGGGUGCCGGCCAUAUCUCCCAUCACCGCAGUCGGAGGGGUAGGGAUUCUGCCAGCGCUAGCGUUGUGUCAGAUGAGGCCAGCCAGGAGGGUCCUGACGUACUCGUUCGCAGCACUGGCUCUUUUGUGGUACACGGCAAGAAAGCUUCGGUCAUCAACUUUGGCACGGAGCUCCAGUUGCAGAACAUGUCCCCGGAGGAGCGCAUCCGUCACUGGAAGCAACGCGAUGACGCGUCGAUUGCCGAGAGCAACGAGCGUUUCGGUUCGGAGAACGGCGGCAGCCGUGACCAGGCCGUCGCGGAAGGGUCUGACUUCCGGUCCAUCCUGACUGCCAGGUCAGCCUCUCACGCGCGCCGUGAGCACCGCGGCUCCGCCGCCAGCGCUAGCACUGCAACCGCUAAGAGCUUCAGAGAUUUGCACAGGAAGUACUCUGCCUCUCAACAUGCGACAACAAGGAGUGUUCCUCCUUCGUCCGCGAAUCUGGCCAUUCCUUCGGAUGAAGAGAGUGAUGCUGCCGUCAGCUUUUCAGACGGCCGACGGACGCCUCUUCCCCCGAUCGAGGGCGAGUCGGAGCCAAGCGAGGGACAUGAGAUGCUGAACAUGACGCCGCCGUCCAGCAGCCGUGGUGAGAAUCGCGAAACGGUCUUUUUCACCCCGCAGUCAGUUCCUGUGGCUACACGAGUUGCUUCUCCGUUACGAAGGGGAAGUGAGGAGGGUAAGGAUGUCAGCAGCGAUAAGGACCAUCGUCCUGCGUCAUCAUCGGCAGCGGCGGCUGCGACGGACGUACUACAGGAAGGGGAGGAGUUGGUUGUGAGCCCACCACUACAAGAAGCUAUCAAUGCUUGAUUUUCUCUUUGUUGUCAUGGUUGAGGCGAUUGUUGGUGUUGGUGUUGCCGUGGUGGUUGUUGUUGUGUAAAAAAAAAUACCCAUCUGUUUCAGAACCACAUUCGCUCGCUCGAUUAUGAUGAUGCGUGCGACAGUCAUCCAUACAUACAUACAUGAUUCGAGUAUAUCUUAUUAAUAUAUCCUUUAUGAAAAGAAGCUGCCAAAAUCAAACAAGCCUGUAUAUUACGCGUCUUCCUCAGACAGACUCUUCCUUUCUUCGUCCCUACCUACGAAAGCAAGCAUGAUAGAAUACUACCACCGUUUCUUCGUCCAAGACACUCUCUGGCUAGCUGUGCAACAAUUCCAGCACGGUCUUCUACUCUCUACUUUCCUUCUUUUUAUAUUUCCUUAUAACUUCAACCUUCUCAAUACGUAAUGAC